CGACAAGACCGGUCUCAAGCCUACACUGUAAAAAAAGAGAACAGCUCUGUUUAAGUAAUGAAUUAACUAUUUCAGGAGUGUGUUGGUCAGGACACGACGAUGUCAGAGGUUUGGGGUCCACCCCUGUCCGUAGCCGUCGUCUCGCCAGAACCACUUGUCACCAGAGUGCCACCGGCCAGGCCCUCACGAUGGCCCGGGAAGACAAACAGCCCAGGACCUGGACAGCGUUCCUCAUGGGCCCUCUCCGGGCAUUUCCCCUCCGGGUCCCAGGAUUGAUCCUCCGGAUUCUUCUGUCCUGGUGUGUACGUGCGAAAAUCCGAGUGAUGAGAAGGGUCUUUAAAGGGCCAUUAAGAGGUCACUCUCCAGGUCACAGGCAGGUCCUGAAUGUGUGUCCAUCCUGGGCCUCGGGGUGAACUUACCGGCAGUCACUCUCUCCGUCCCCAGACCAGGAGCAUCGGGCAUGACUUCCACUCCUGAGGAGUACAGACGCACACAAAGAUCAGGACUGUACUAGGACUCACAGAAUCACAAGGUACUAGUCCAGUAUAAUGGAAAAAUUUGCACUGAUGCUGUGGAUCUUUCUGGUUCCUCUCCAUGCAUACGUGCUUCAACCCAGUGCAGAUGUGGUGGCGAUAGAGGACUCCUGGAGUGAGGGGAGGUCCUGGUAUGAGGACGGGAAGGACGGCACAGGUGAACCUUUGCCUUCGGCUGGGGAUCAGGACUCACAUGGGGAAGGUGGUGCAGAGCAAGAGAGGGGCCCAAGAGCUGAGGCCGGGGAGGUGGAGAGGGAGGAACGUUAUGAUGCAGAUGGAGACAACCGAGAAGACGAUCAAGAGGGGAAAAGGCAUGAGGAAAGCCACAGAGAAGGAGAUAUGGAGGAACGGAGAAGUCUGGAUGAGGAAAACAAAGAGGUAAUGCAAAGAGGAAGAGAUGUAUAUGAGGAGAGAGAACUCAGCGAUGAUUUGGAGGAGGAACAGAAAAGAGGAGCACACAGAGAUGAUGAUAAAAAAGAAGAAGAGGAGGGAGAUGAAAAUGAAACGGAUGAGAGGAAAGAAGAUGAGAACGGAAAAGACAAGGACCAGGUGGGAGAAGAGAUGGUUGAGGUGAACAGGAAUCUGAGGGAAUAUACAGUUGAAGAUGGUAGGGAAGAGACAGAGAGAAUUUCCAGUCCCUCUAUAGAGACAGACAUCUCUCAUUUGAGCCCUAACCCCAGUCCCUCUGUUGCAAAAGACAUCCCCCAUUUUAGUCCUCAAUCUGGUCUCUCUAUAGAAACAGACAUUCCCCAUUUGACCUUUAACCCUGGUCUCUCUAUAGAGACAAUCUCCCAUUUGAGCCCUAGCCCUAGUCCCUCUAUAGUAACAUACACCCCCCAAUGGAGUCCUAAUUCUGAUCUUUCUAUAGCAACAGACAUCCCCCAUUUGAGUCCUAACCCUCUUCUCUAUAUAGAGACAGAAAUCUCCCAUUUGAGCCCAAACCCCAGUCCCUCUAAAGUAACAGACAUCCCCCAAUGGAGUCCUAACUCGGAUCUCUCUACAGAGACAGCCAAUCCCAAUUUGACCCUUAUAGAGACAAUCUCUGAUUUGAGCCCGAACCCACUUCACUCUAUAGAUACAGACAUCCCCCAUUUGAGUCCUAACCUUGAUCUGUAUAAAGAGACAGAUAUUCCAAAUUUGAGCCCGAACCUUGGCCUCUCUAUAGAGACAGACAUACCCCAUUUGAGUCCUAACUAUACAGAUACAGACACCUCAUAUUUGAGUCCUAACCCUGGUCUCCCUUUAGAGACAAAUACUUCACAUUUGAGCCCUAACAGUGGUCUCUCCGUAGAGACAGACAUGUCUCAUGUGACCCCUAACCCUAGUGUUUCUAUGGGGAUAGACAUCUCCCAUUUGAACCCUACCCCCAGCCCUACCCUCUAUGUAGAUCAGAACUCUUCAGUAUCACAACAGGGCCUGGACCCAUUCCAAACCCCUCUCCCUACUGCAGACAGCACUGUUGCUCCAACUGUCAUUCAGGGGCCAGUGACAGCCAGAGAAAGUGAAGAACCCACCUUCACCGCAGUGAAACCAAUCAGUACGCCUGUUGUACUUUGGAACUUAACGGACAGUUCUCAGCCACGCCUCAGGGAGGAGGAGGAGGGAUUAGCUCCCAAGGUGACUGAGGUGAAGGUAGACUCAUUCAGAGAUUUGACAAAGGCGAACUCGGACACACAAGAGCGGAAAGGGUCGGAGAAGGAAAGGUCAAAGGUGAACCGGCCGAUGCCGAAACCGAAAAAGAAAAAGACACACCCGGGCAAAAAACCAGGGACGACAGGAAAGAAACAACAAAACAAAGUCAAAGCAGAGGACAAAAGCAAAUCCCUGAAAAAAGACAAAAACAAGAAGAAUAAAAAGAAGAAGCAGAAGGAAAACAAGAAGGCUGAGAAUGAGACUCACUUCCCCUAUUUUAAAGAUGAUUACUGCCCCCCUGACUGUGCUUGCUAUGGAAGAGUGGUCCAAUGCUCAGACAAAGUCUUGGAUAAGAUUCCGUAUGGCAUCCCAUACAAUGCCCGCUACGUCCUCCUCAUGAACAACCAGAUCCCCGGCAUCCAGCUGGACCUACUCCGUGAGUACAUGUCACUGGAAUUUCUGGUGCUUAGCAACAACCUCCUGACAGACGGAGGCAUCGAAGGGGCCUUUGAGGGAAUGAGGCACCUGAAGCGCCUCUACCUGGACAGGAACCACCUGGAGAGCAUCUCCACUGACCUCCCUCUCUCCCUGGAGGAGCUGCGUCUGGACGGCAACAACGUCAGCGUGAUGUCGGAGGUGGCCUGGGCCCGCUGCCCCAGCCUGCAGGUCCUCAGCCUCAACAACAACAGCCUGGGGCCCGAGUCGGUCCCGGACGGGGUGUUCACCCCGCUGACCAACCUUCGCACCCUCAGCCUCGUCCAUAACCUCCUGACCGCUGUCCCGGUCCACCUCCCCACCAACGUCAAGGAGCUGUACCUCCGUGGAAACCACAUCGACCAGGUCCCCGGCGACGCGUUCACCGAAGGUUCUGAGCUGCUGGUUCUGGACCUGAGCGCCAACCGGCUGACCAACAAGGGCCUCACCAAGGCCUCUCUCCGGCCCCUUGCUCACCUGGAGAACCUGAACUUGGAGGGAAACCUCCUUAAGAACAUCCCGCAACACCUUCCUCCCACCCUCAGGACCCUCAGCCUGGAGGGGAACGCCAUCACCUCUGUCAGCAAAGCGGCAUUUUUGAAGCUGCCCCACCUGGAGCAUCUGGGCCUGUCCCGGAACCAGAUCACCAGGGUGGCCCCCGGGGCCUUCUGGGGCCUACCUGCCCUGCACCAGUUGGAACUGGGACACAAUGUCCUCCGUCAGGUCCCUCGGCGCCUGCCCCCCUCCCUGCACUCCGUUUCGCUCGUUCACAACAAGAUCAACUCCGUCCCACGAGACUCCUUCUGUACCAAAGGCAAGGAUUCACCGCUCAGCAGGCUGGUGAGGGUUCACCUGGAGCACAACCUCAUCCACCUGGCAGACCUGGACACCCAGGCCUUCAGCUGCCUGAGGGGCUAUCAGGUCAUCCACCUCUACUGAGACUGAUUCCACUCCCUCUCCAUAUUUCCACUGAGAAUGAUUUCUCAGCCAUGCCACUUUUCUAGUCGUAAGAACUCCACAUCUACAUUGUGUUUCUACGGACAGUAACUCCAGAUCCAUGCCCUAUAUAUGGCCAGAGUAACUCCAAAGCCACGCCCCAUUUAUAAGGAUUGGAGCAAACGGCUUCAUGAAGCCAAAAAUGGGCAAAGCUACUAUAUCUUCUCGUCAACUCACUGAUUUGAGCCAUCAUUGGUCAUUGUGUAUUGCUGUGGAAAGCAAAACCUCCUGUUGGUUCAUACUGCUCGUAUUAAUUGACUGCUCAUAAUGCCACUUGUAGCUCCACCUCUGCUAUGAGUGACUCCUUCUCCAUUCAUUAUUUCUAAUGAGAAUGAAACUACAUCCACAAAAUAUUUUUACUGAGAAUAAUUAUCCUGGAAUCCGUUUUUUUUUUUUUUUUUUUUUUUUUGCUUAGAGGGACCCCCUGGACAUACCCAUGUCUUCACAGUGACCCCACUCUCCACAAACCUGGGGCCCAUUUUUGUCAGAAAGUGAGAGGGUUAAAUGUAAACUCAGGGGUAAUAAUGUUCCCAUUUCAAUAAAGAAUAAUUCUCUAUGUAGAGAAUUAAUUGUGUCUCUCUUUUCCAGAACCAGACUAACUAAAAUAUUAUUGGGAAAAAUAAAAGCUGAGAAACUCUUUUUUUGUAUUAUUGGAACGAUGUCUUUUUAAUAAAAUGUUUUAUCCUA